CCAGAUCCUUAGCAUGAUACACUCAUAGUUUUCUGAUGAAUGUUUAAUGUCAUUCUUGCACAAAAUAACUUGUUUCCUAUUUCACGAAACACGCCAGAAUAAAGCAAGAGUUAAGAAUUCAUAUCAGCCUUUUCGCGUUAUAUUCUUUCGCGGACCGUUGGGCUCUAGGGGAAAUUAGCUCAAAUACAACCUUUUCCCAGCAAUUAAUAUCAUAACUUUAAUUAACAGAAAAUUUGCAUCUCUACUCUAGGGCAGCUCUUGGUUCUUCUGUUCACAAAGUUCUUACACUUCUGUCUCUAAUAUAUGUUUCCUUCUUAUUAUCGUAAUUCUCAAUCGGUAGUUCUGCUGUUCAAUAGUUCAAUGUUCGAUUCUAGUUAAUGGCGUAUCACGUGCUAAUUCACGUGCAGUAUUCGUGAAACAUAUCAAUAUAUCAUAUUUCAUGUCCUAUUUGUGCUUUGUUUGUAUAACAAACAUUUACUUAGUAUUAACAGAUGUGAAAAUCAGGCUGUGAUUAGAGGUGUAGAGUUGUUUGUUUGGGAACGUUCUUUUUUUCGUUAUAAAAUUUUCAAAAUGCCAAAAUGGAAAUCAAGUUACGAUAGCGGCCGCAAGUACAAUUCCAAAUGGGAAAUAGAUUUUAGCUGGGUAUCUGAAGCACCUAAUAAUAAGGACAAAACAUAUUGUACGCUUUGCCGUCGCUUGUUACAGGCUAAGCGAGAUGCUCUGGCGACCCACGAAGAAAGUGAUAUUCAUCGCUCUUUUGUAUCUAGAAGUUCUUUUUCACGGCCGUUGACAACUUGCUUUCCAUCAACCAGUUCAACAUCAAAACGUGCCAUACAGGAGUCCGAGAUUAUGAUCGCUGUUCAGACAGCUUGCCAUGGAUCCAUCCAGACAGUAGAUCAUUUUGGUGAGAUAUUGGCAAAAUAUGGCAAAAAAAGUGAUUUGGAACAUAUUAGAUUGCACCGCACCAAAUGCACGAAGAUCAUCACCGAAGUCGUAGGUCCAGCUUUAAAGGAAGAUAUCAAAAAAGAUGUUGAAGGAAAGCAUUUUUCUUUAAUUGUGGACAAAACGACGGAUAUAUCAGUCGCUAAGGAUCUGGCAAUUAUUAUUCGUUACUUCAGUGAGAAACAGUGCAAAGUAACCGACUGCUUACUUGAAAUUGUUCCAAUGUCUUCUGCAACUGGGGAGCUGAUUUUUAAUGCCACGAAGAAAACACUGGACUGGUACUGUUUAGAUUUGAAGAAUUGUAUGGGAUUUGGAUGCGAUGGUGCCAGUGUAAUGGUUGGGCAGCAUAACUCAGUGUGGUCCAGAAUCAAAGAAAUUAACCCAAGUUGUAUACUUAUGAAGUGCAUUUGCCAUUCGUUGCCCUUAUGUGUUCAGCAUGGUUUCAACAAGCUGCCCAGUAACCUUUCAUAUCUUUUAGAGGAAAUUCCUGCUUGGUUUUCGCAGAGCACAAUUCGCGGUGAUGAGUAUAAAGCGUUGCACGAUGAAUUGAAUGAUAGCACAGGAUUUAUCGGUUUUUCAGGAACUACGAUGCCAUUUGUGAAGUUCUGUAGUACGCGUUGGCUUUCAAGAGGCAAAGUUAUUUCAGCAAUUUACAAGAAUUGGGACGUUCUGCAAAAAGAUUAUGAAAACAUCACCACUGAGAGUUAAAAAUUGACGCCAUCCCAAAGGUACAAGGCAAGAGAGCUCCUCCGCAUGGUACAAGAUAAUGUUAACCACUUGUAUCUUACAUUUGCGCUUCCAGUGGUUACUGAGUUUGAACGAAUAAAUGCCCUUUUCCAAUCGAGCAAGUCCAGUCCUGACAAAGUGUUGAGAGAGCCUCAUCUUCACCAUCGCACAAUGAAAUCAAGAGUGUAUGAUAACCGCGAUAAUAAGAAAACUCUGCACCAAAUUGAUUUUGGAAGUAAAUUUAUGGCGGAGUUCAAUGCUCUGCAAAAGAACGACAGCAACAACGAGAACACCCUGCUGGCUGUAAAACAAUGCUGUCUCGAAAUGCUGAUGACUUGUAUUUCUCAGGUAGAGGCACGUCUUCCUGAUAAAAAAAUGUGUUUUCAGAGCUUGUUGCACUCACCCCAGAUGUAGUUCUCAACCAAGUUCGACGAGUGGAUUUUGGAAAGCUACCGUACCAGCACCUGAUGGGAGAGUACAGUGACAAAAUUGAAGAAGAAUACCGGCAAAUGAUUCACAUUAACUGGAAGGAAGAGCUUCCUGGGGGUAUCAUUCCAACUGAUACCGAAUCUUUUUGGCUUGUGGUCCGACAAAUGCUAAGAUGUGAUCUUGAAGAUGCAAAGUUUGCAACUUUAGCAAACUAUGCACUGUCUUGUUUGUCAGUGCCAAUUAGUAAUGCUAUCGUUGAGCGUUUAUUUAGUACUGUGACAUUUAUUAAGAAUAAGCUUCGCAACCGAAUGUCUUUUAAGACGCUGGAUGCGUUGACACGAAUCCGAACAACUCUCUAUUUCCAGUCCAAAUGUUGCAAAGAUUUCACAGUGACAGAAAGAAUGUUUCAGCUGUUCACAACGGAAAACAUGUACCAGCUUGAUGAAGAACGGAACCAAAACACAAACCGGGAGGGCAAAGAAGAGCAGGAUGUUGACUGUGAACUGUUACCGUUGUUUGAUGAUGUAUGAAUUUUAUAACUUUUCAACAUUCCAAGAUUUGCAAGUCAUUAUCAACAAAAAUGUAAACUGACUUAUUAGACAAAAAUAUUUGUUAAUCUUUUUGUUAUAUCUUUUAAUGAUAUACAUACUUUCAUCUUUUAUGUUUUGUUUAACUGUUUGGAACGGUUGUUGAAAUAUAGGCUGAACUGACUUAAUAGUCACUUUACAAAGUCAUUGUUUUCAAUAUGCAUUGUACAUAAUUUCCAUGGUUUUGUCAUGAAAUACAACACAGUACUCAAGCGCGCA